AUGAACUGCUCCUCCGCAAGAUUGCAAUUUUAUUCCAUUCUUUUAGUAUUAGUACCUACUUCUAUCUUAUUAAGGAAUGUAUUUUCGUUGAUAGCUUUGCCCUUAAACAUACCUCUAAAAAUCUUCACUGGUUCAUCAAUUCAGCAGAUUAUACUCGGAACAAAUAUAUCAAUAACUAAUUACAUUGCGAUAACUAUUUGCCAAUAUCUAGUAGUUCUCAUAUCAUUAGGAACACUUAUUGGGUUGUCCCUUGGAGGUGUUCUAAUAACAUUCCACUCGAUUUUCGUGAUACCAAAUGUUUAUCUGGAUCUCUCAGAAGUUUACAAAGCUAUUACGCAUCAAAUUUCAGCCAAUCUACCGUUCAUUGCUAAGAGUAGUCCUGACAAAACUGCCAUAACCAUCGACGACGGUUCGACAAAUAAGAUAAUGCACAAACCAACAGGAAACGUCGAAACAUCAAAAAGGCCUGGUGUUCUUACGCCACAAACUCCUCCCCACGAGAUAUUUGAUACUUAUCAAUCAAAUCCAUAUACUGACGGUUCAGAUAUCUCUUCCAAUUGGCGCAAACAAGACGCUAUGUUUACAACUCUAACAUCGCCGUUAAGUUCAUCUAGAGAAAAUGUCCUGAAUGUUGCCACAAACUUACCAAGCGAUUUUUUCCAAGAAAAAGAGAAGAAUUCUAAUAGUUACAAUAUAUCCAUGUUCGAAAAUAUGUACACACCUUCGAAUAAUGAAAAUCAUUAUAUUUCAUCGGCACAAUCACCAAGGCAAUUCAAAAAUCGACAGUCUUCGUCUACAUCUUCUUCAAUGUCAGAUCUUUUAGACCCGUUCAGUACCAUCACUGUGCCGACAACAUUAAGAACCAGGAGGGAUCAUGGUACUUUGGUUAAUCGAAAAGCAGCUUAUUCAGGUAAUAUACUUAAGGCCGCAAAAGCAGGUUUAUUUCAAGAUGCGUAA